AUGAUUGAAGAAAUUGACAACGAGGGCUUAGAAUACGCACCAGACGAAAGCAUCGGAUUUUUAAAGAUUAUCUGCAAGAAACACGCAAUAAACUUUGAUAAAUUUGUAAACAACAUGUUGGAUUGGAUAGACGAGAAACACCAAAAGAAAAAUUGCUUAUACUUCUACGGGCCAAGCAAUGCAAUGAAAAGUAUGAUAGCGAACAGUAUAAAAAAAUGCGGUUCCAGUCGUAGGGCAAGCAGUGACGAGUUCUGA